CCAAACCCAACGCAAUCCAACCCAACUGACCGCCUCGGCGUUGCCACGGGCGUGGGACGUCGGCAUGGGAGCGGCGGGCGAUUAUGCGGCCGUGUCGAUGAGAGCCGCGGUGAAGCAGCUCAUCUUCGGUGCGGCGGAGGAGAAGCGGGAGGCCGCGGGGGAGAUCGCGAGGCUGGCGCGGUCGGACGAGCAGAGGAAGCGGCUCCUGCCCAAGUUCGGGGUCGUGCCGCCGCUCGUGUCCAUGCUCGCGAGUGGGCGGGCCGGCACGGGAGCGCGGAUGGCCGCGGCAGGGGCGCUGCUUGAGCUCGCCAGAGGGACUCACAGAAAUAAGGUGCAUAUAGUGAAGGCCGGCCUGCUCAAGAAGCUACCGCAGCUCAUGGACGACAAGGAAUUGUCAAGAAGCCACCAGCUCGCGCUCCUCCUCCUCUCCAUCUCGUCGUUGGCCAGCACGGACUUCCCCCUCUCCGCCUCCGAGCUCCUCCCGUUCCUCGUCGCCACCCUCAGCGCCGACGACGUCUCGGCCGACACGAAGCUGUCGUGCCUUGCCACCCUCCGCAACCUCUCGACGAAGCUGGAGCAUGUCCGGGACGUGGUCUCUAGCGGCGCGGUGCACUCCCUCCUGUCGCUCUGCCUGGACAAGCAAACGUCGGAGGCGGCGCUGUCCAUUCUCGGGGACCUGGCGGCGACGAGCGCGGUUCGGAAGAAGGCGAUGGAAGAGGACGAGAUGGCGCCGAGGGCGCUGAUGCAGGCAAUGACAUGGCACGAGAGCGCGCGGUGCCAGGAGCACGCGACGUACCUGGUCAUGGUGCUCGCGCACGGCAGCCCGGCGCUGCGGCGGAAGAUGCGCCAGCUCGGCGCUGUGCAGGCGCUCCUGGAGGUCUCGCUGCUCGGGAGUCCCCUCGCGCAGAGGAGAGCGGCCAAGAUCCUGCAGUGGUUCAAGGACGAAGGGCAGGACAGGGUCAGGGCGCAUUCGGGUCCGCGUAUGGAAGGCACUUCGUGCCAUGGCAAUGACGGCGAAGAAGACGGCGGCGGCCAAGAGGUGAAAGGGUGCCGGAACGGCGUGGACAAGAUAGUGAAGCAGAGUCUCGACAGGAACAUGAAGUCCAUACUGAGGAGGGCCACGGCGUCCGUGGACCUGACGAAUGUUAAGCUGCUCGUUACGAGCUCUAGCUCCAAGAGCUUGCCUUGUUGAACCCGAUCUGCAAGUGUUCAGUUUUCCUUUUCACUUUGGUAAAUUUUGGUCCAAUGGAGUGCACAUGUGGAUAAGUAGACCACCUAACCCCAAAGUGAACUCCCUGACGAAAUUGAUCAGAAUACAUUUUAUGUGCUUCAAAGAUGGAUUUUCUUUCCAAGUGACAUAACUUGGUAUUUAG